GUUUAAAACUGAGCACUGUUAAACUCUUCCUAAAUGUGCAAUGCAAUAUGGCAAUAGAACUUCAAUUAUCCAAACUGAAUGGAACUAAAAGAGGUCGGAUAACAAAUAAUCGAUUAUUUUUCAUAGUUUUAAAGAAAAGUAUCUCAAUAUUUCGAAGUCAUUUGUAUCUUCUAGCCGUCUGCUCCCGGUUCCAAGCUCUUCUUGUGUCUCAGUCCAGGCUUGUCUCCCAUGGUCUUAUUGUCUGGUUUCCCACCCUUGUGACGCAUGGUCACCUCCUCUUCCCCCUAGACUUCAGUUCCUCCUUUACCACCAAUUUGCUACCUCCAACUGCCAGGUGCCAUAAUGCCAGGUGCCCCACCUCACAUGUGUCGCACAGUUUCUUAGGCAACAUUUCAUGAAUGAACGUCUUAUAGGCCGACAUGUCUCCACUUCUUGGCCACCUCGGUCACCAGACCUCAACCCCUGUGACUUUUGGCUAUGGGGUUAUCUCAAAAGCACUGUUUAUGGUGAUAAUCUAAACAGUUUCUCAAAAAUGAAAAAUGUGAUACACUGACAUGUCCGUAAC